UAACCUAACAAUUGAAAAUGUCAAUUUGUUUUGGUUGGAGGCUAAAGACCACACGUGGAAUUUUUUUUUAAUAAUUGGUGAAUUAUUUUGUGGAUAAUUGAAAAAAAUUAAGACAAUCUUCAAUUAUGAUUGGGAGAGACUCAGACGCUAUCAGACGUGCGUCCUUGAAAAAACAGAAGGAGGCAUUCCGAGAAAAGGAAUUGUUGAUAAGAAAUGCUCUGAACUCAGUGGAUGGAGUUCCAAACAAGAAAAUUGUCUUCGAUGACAGUAUAUGUGACCAGGAAAAUGAUAACGAAGAGAAAAUAGUCAAUCGAUCUAGAAAACGAACAUUAUUCGAUGAUGAGGAUGAGGAGGGAGAUGGGGUGGCAGAUUCGAAAGAGGAGGAGUACGAUUUUAGUGCAAAUAAAAAGUCGAAGGUGGUGAAUCUUGGAAACGAUCCUCGUUUCGCGAUGGACGAAAGAUUUUUAGAAGACGAAGAAAAAGAACCGGAGGAAUUAAAUAACGAACAGGACGAGGAUGAACUGACAAGUGAGAAAAACAAACAGUUGGAAAUUCUCCAGAGUGUUCUGGGUAAGCCUUUACCCAAGAAGAAUGACUCAGAGAAGAAAAGGAAAAAUCAAAUGAUUCGGUACGAUCCGACGCAGGACGACCACCAGAAACACGAACUGCAAAAAGAAGAGCCUCAAUCCUCGAAGAAGAAAAAAAGAAAAGCUAAAGAGGUCCUAGUGGAGGAGGAAAAACCUAUUCCUGUGUCGAGUGAAAUUUUCUACUCGGUGUCAGAAAAUCUGACGGAGACCCUGAAAGCCCCAGAGGAGUUCAGUUUGCUCCAACGAUUCGGUACAGCCCCUGAAGAGAAAAGUCGUGAAUUGGCGAAUGAAGAAAAACUGGCAACAGAGAGGAAAUCAAAGUUUGGAGAUAAUUUCGACGCUAAAAAUCCAUUUAGGUAUGAUUCCUCUGAGGACGAGGACGAAACUUCAGGGCAGAACACGGAAAAUGCAAAAAGAAGUACUGAAAAAGUGUCACGAGUUGUUGAAGACACAUUUUUCUUAAACCCUGCAAUAUUUAAAGAGGCCGAGGAAUUUUUCAAAACCCCCGCACCUUCGAACCAAUCGUUCAAAAAUCUCAGAAAACAAUUGAAGGAGAUCGUUCGUUCGAAGAUUCGAAACAACACGCGAAAAACUCAGAUUUGGAAGCAUAAAAAGAUCAACACUGUUAAACCACAUUGUAAAUAAUAAUAAUUAUUGUUUAUGACCUGUGAAAAAUAUGUAUAUGGAAGAAUAAAUCUUAAUUAUUGA